AUGGCUGAAGGUAUAGAAGAAAAACUUCGCUCUUUUGGCCUGUAUUACAACCAGCCGGAACCUGCUAUUAUAUGUAUCUCUUGCGGGUUUGCCCUCAAGACAAAUACUGACAGAGUCUCACGACAUCUCGGGGAGGCUCACGAAAUAGCCCGCAAAGCCCGCCGGGGACUCAACCGGCUUGUCCAGUCGCUAAACUUACCAGACCCAGGUAAACUGCCACCGAGGCCUGAUGGAUCGGAGAUACACCCCCAUCUUGCAUUGCAAAACGGCGCCGCCUGCAAGCAUUGCCGCUUCCGAUCAGUGAGCCGCAAGGUUCUUUCGCAACACCUAAGGCUAGAGCACAAGGAUAAGAUCAAGCAGCAUUCAUCAGCUAGAGGCGGCAGCUGGCUGCAAGAUCACGUCCUCGAGCAGCUCCAGUUUCAGAGUUGGCUUGCCGGUGACAUCUUGCACUCAUGGCAGGUGAAGGCAAGCCCGCAGUCGGGGCAGUUGACUGUACCAAGCGGCACCAUAGCCCCGGCCGAGGAGGUCUCUGUCCUUGUUCGGCAACGCGUGGAGGAACUCUACGCCCGAGAGCUGCAGUACCUAUCUACGGACGCUAAGCAUACCGCCGCCGCCGCCGCCGCCGCCGCCGAUGACAACAGCGACGCAUCCGCCGCAACAGCGGCCCUCAUGUCAACGUGGAUGCGACGCACAGGCUGGGCCGGCCUCAUUCGAGAGGCACGCCGCGAUCUCUUGGUUGCGCUCUCAGCCCUUCCCAGCUCACGCCUUGGUCCUCUCCAGCUGGUGGAGCAUGAUGGGAGAGCGCUUGUCAGCUGCAGGGAAGACGAGGACAGAUUCAGCCUUAUGGUGGCUGCUGUUGACCGGCUGUUCGACCGCUGCUGUGACACGGUGAGGCACACGGAUGUCCCCAUACGCCGCUGGCUUAGAGGUAGAUUUGCCGACCGCCCAUUCAAGGCGCCUUUCGAGCUAGUUGCAAGACCCGAGUCUGAGCGUAAGUACAGGCAGCUGAUGAAGAGAUGCCUGUGCUUCUGGCUCCGACUCUGGCGAUUGCCCCAGAAGAUUAGCCACACACUCACGCGUCGUAGCCUAUCCGGCGAACAGAAGCGCAUUCUGGGAUCUCUAUGGCGGGACCCGAUAUGGGAGAAGCCACUGCCGAAGGCGAGUAGUGAUCUGAAGAGCAGCGGCUCCAACGUCGGCGCCCAGGCAGGAUUGGAUAACUACAGGGAGGCUUCAGCGUUCAGGGGUAAUCCACCCAAGGAGAGAGGUGAUGUUGACGAAGAAGGGGCUAGCGAGACUGGCUCUACCCUUAGCUGGUAUAGUAGCGAUGAUGAGUAUGGAACAGAGGAAGAGGAAGAGGAAGAGUGCGAGGAUGAUAAUGAUGACGAUAACGAUGACUAUGAGGACGAGGAUAUAAUAAAAAGCACCUGCGGCAAUGAAAAAAUGGGCGAUAGGGGAGCUGACGACCCUGCAGCUGAUGCCAUAUUACGCUUUCUCUAUCUCUUGGCAACAGAGGACUUUACAGAUGGCCAGUCCAGCUCCACUAUGCUGGUUUACUUUAGUGCUGUAUGCGGCCUCUCCCCCCCAGCUGGGGCAAACUUCCUUCGCCCUGCCCAGUAUACAACGCACCUUUCUGGGCUUAUUUAUUGCACCCGACUCAUCUUGUUCGAGGCUGUACUACCACGCAUGGCACAUAGCUAUGUUGGAAUCCCUGCUAGACCCCAUAAAGGGCAGCUCGCUAUUUUGCAGAGCCUCCGCCAAGAGAAGAUGUGCGAUGGGUGUUUAUCGCCGCUGGGCGAGUUUCUCAGUCUCCUGGCGUUUGGUCAGGCCCUUCGCCAGUCGGAAGUGCCGGCCUUUAUGUUUGAGUGGAGUGAAGAUGGAGAGGAGAUCUGCUGGGAUGGAGACCAAAGGUUAACCAUGACCGCCUUUCGCGGCCUCGUAUGGGGAGUUCUCCAGGCCGCGAUCAGGAUAUCCUGCCGCCUAAUGUACAAGUGGAAGCCGCCUGCCCCAAACUUCAAGAACAUCCACGACAGGCUCUCAAACUCGAUUGCUGGCUAUUCAUUUGCCAACGACUCCCGGAACGAGCUCUCUGGCCUUUACCUGGAGCUUUUCAACCGGGCUUGCCUGGCCCCCAUUGACGGCCUGAUACAGGCACAGGGACGGGGGGAAGGGAGCUGGGAUUUAAAAGUCGCGCGGUUUCUACCGGAGCCCGUCGCUUUAAUCGUCUUCAACUACCUUGUCUUUAUCAGGCCGCUUACUUACAUGCUGCUGCGCACGUGCUUCCAGAAGAAGGUCGAUAAAGGCCUGCUGUUCGCACCGGCGUCAAGCUCUAGCAGCUGGAAGCCAGCGGUUUUAUCCAACACACUGCUGCACUUUUCCAAAGGCUCCCAAGGGGUUCCCGCGGGGCUUGGGGCCCAGCUCUACCGGCAGGUUUCUAUAGCUAUCACCGAGAGACACCUCCAAGCUGCUUCCCGGCAGUUUAACCGAUAUGACGAGAUGGCAGUGGGAAGCAAGCCCGAUGCUGUUUUUGCAUGGCAGAGCGGCCACAGGCCCAGGCAACGAUUCAUCACAUAUGGGCUUGAUGGCGCCUAUCCGCACCAGCUGCAGCCUGCGCUACUUCAGCUAUAUAUGCAUGCAUCCGAGCAAUGGCACACCUUUCUCCGCCUGGGCGAGCAACAAAACACAGCUUAUGAGAAAUACGCUUCAUCCAGCGCCGAGGACCAUGCCGCUUCGAAAAGGCCCCUCGAUAGCGGACCCUUGCCCUCAACAUCGGCGUCGCCACGGCCUGCAAAGCGAUUGUGCGACAGGCCACCGCUAACGGCCUCGCCAACGCUCCAACGGAACAAUGGUCACGACACCGGCUCCGUCUGCGGUUCGCAGGGUGAUGCGGCAAUCACCACCAGCGCUGCCGAGCACGCAGAGACACAGGCGGGAGACGGCGAUGGGGGCCCACCAGAAGCGGACUGCCUAGCACUCGAGGAUGCCGAAGCAUCGUCUGACGUUAGAUCUGUCUCAAAGGCAAGCCAUCUGGUCCAGCAUGCAGCAGGUGGCGGACGUGAUCCAGGACCAGACGGAAAUGCAGAGAUUCCAGUACCCACCGCCUACGACAAAGCCGAUCCCGUUUAUUCAGGCGCCGAUGGAGGAUGGUCCACAGGAUACAAGACCACUGCCGCGAGGCACAUGGCUGGGUCAACGAUUGGAAGAAAGGCGGGCAUGUAG